AUGAAGAGUCUGAACAACCGUGCCGAUAGCCACCUGUCCAGCCAGGUGGAAUGUGAGUUGGAAAAUAUGGGUUCAUGGGUGAACCAGGGAUACAUUGACAGUUCACCACCUUUGCCCCGAGUUGUGAGCACAGUCUACAACCCGCAGCCCCUCUUUCAGGGCUCCAUGGAGAGCAUGUACAACGUGGACACCCCAGCCACCUUUCGAGAGGAGCCACACUCAGCUGAUAAAAUCCUUGUGAAUGAACGCAGAGGCUGCUGUUCUUUCAUUAAAGGUUUAUGGGGUACAACACUGACUGAGAACACCUCCAACAACCGGGAACUGUUUGUCCGCACCACUCUCCGGGAGUUAAUGAUCUAUGUGGUCUUUUUGGUGGAUAUUUGUCUUUUGACAUACGGUAUGACAAGCUCCAGCACCUACUAUUACACUAAAGCCAUGACUGACCUGUUUGUGAAUACAGCCGGAGAAAGCGGGGUAAAGUUUCAGUCCAUAAGUACUAUGGGGGAUUUCUGGACUUUUGUUCAGGAACCAUUAUUAGAUAACCUGUACUGGACUAAAUGGUACAAUAAUCAGUCCAUGGACAGUGGUGAUCAGUCAUUCAUCUACUAUGAGAAUAUGUUGCUGGGAGUACCCAGGAUGAGGCAGAUCAAGAUUAAAAACAACUCCUGCAAAGUUCACAAAGACUUCCAGGAUGAGAUCAUGGGAUGUUACGAUGUCUACAACGAGAAAAAGGAGGACGAUCUCAACUUUGGACUAAUCAACGGCACUGCAUGGAGCUACCAAACGGAGAAAGUGAUCAAAGGUUCCUCCCAUUGGGGUUUGUUGACGACUUACAGUGGAGCUGGAUACUACCAGGACCUGGCUCGAACCAAGGAGGAAAGCGCAGUUGUCCUGAAAGAACUGGAGGACAACCUUUGGCUGGAUCGAGGAACCAGGGCUGUCUUCAUUGACUUCUCCACUUACAAUGCAAACAUCAACAUGUUCUGUGUCAUCAGGUUGCUAGUGGAAUUCCCGGCAACUGGCGGGGCGAUUCCUUCCUACCAGAUUCGAACAGUUAAAUUGAUUCGUUACAUCAGUUACUGGGAUUACUUCAUCCUGGGCUGUGAGAUGGUCUUUUGUUUAUUCAUCCUCUACUAUAUUGUGGAAGAGAUUCUUGAGCUUCGAAUACACAAGUUCUCCUACUUCAAAAGCAUCUGGAACAUACUGGACAUAGUAGUCAUACUGCUUGCCGUUGUUGCCAUCGUGUUCAACAUUUUCCGCACAGUUAAAGUGGACAAAUUGCUUAGCAAACUGUUGGACCAACCUGAAAUCUAUGCUGACUUUGAAUUUCUGGCGUUCUGGCAAACACAAUACAACAAUAUGAAUGCUGUUAACCUGUUCUUUGCAUGGAUUAAGGUGUUCAAAUACAUUAGCUUCAAUAAAACCAUGACCCAGCUGUCCUCAACUCUGGGUCGCUGCGCCAAAGACAUUGUAGGGUUUGCCAUCAUGUUCUUCAUCGUGUUUUUCGCAUAUGCUCAGCUUGGAUAUUUGCUGUUUGGUACAGAAGUGGAAACCUUCAGCACCUUUCUCAAGUGCAUCUUCACCCAGUUCAGGAUCAUUCUAGGAGACUUUGAUUAUGAUGCAAUUGAUCGUGCAAACAGAGUCCUCGGACCCAUUUAUUUUGUCACCUAUGUUUUCUUUGUUUUCUUUGUCCUACUUAACAUGUUCCUUGCCAUCAUAAAUGACACAUAUUCUGAGGUGAAAGAGGAGCUAUCGUCCCAGAAAGAUGAGCUCCAGUUCACAGACAUUAUAAAACAGAGCUACAUGAAGACAUUUAUGAAGCUGAAACUUAAAAAUGAGAAAAUAUCAGAUGUUCAGAGGGCUCUACGCGCUGGAUCCGGCGAAAUUGAAUUCAAGGAUUUUAGAGAAACUUUGAAAGAGAUGGGACAUGCUGACCAUGAAAUUUCUGCAGCUUUCUCACAGUUUGACCGUGAUGGGAACCACAUUCUGGAUGAGGAAGAACAGGAGAAAAUGAAAACAGAGCUCGAGGAAAAGAGGGAUGCUCUUGCUGCAGAACUCAACAAUCUUGGAAUAAACUAUGGGAGAGAUUUAGCGGGAAAUCCUCCAGUGAUCCUAAAUGACCAAAAGACCAACUCUGGUCACACUUUUAUGGACCGAGAGCAGUUUCUAAGAUUGGCCAGGCAGGUUCUCCAGCUUGAAAAUGCCAUGUCUGGCAUUACAGUGAAGAUUGAGUUGAUUCUGAAGAAAAUUGGGAUAGAAGACAUAACUGAUAUGAACAAAAACAAUGGGAAGUCAGUGACCAACCACAACGCGGAUAAAAAUACCUCGGAUGGUAGCAUCCUGGUUUGUGUUGACCGAGGGACAAAGCCUGCGAUGCCACCGGGAAGAAUUUGUCCAAUUCCCACAUACGACUGCCAUAUGUGA